AUGGAAAACAGUACUACUCGUGCGGAUCGUGAUAUAUUAAAAAAAGUUAAAUUAGAUAUUGAUCAACUCACUAUUACAAAUGCUGCUCUUCAAGAUGAGUAUGUUGUAACGUAUGUAAUGAGCACAGUGCAUCAUGAUUUACAGAAUGUUAUCGAAAAUGGCAUUGCUCAAUCUGAUUUGGCACAAAAAGUUAUGCAAAUAAUUUGCCAAGGUUUGGCUAAUGGCUAUAGAAAAUCAAUACAUCCAUCGAUUGAACGACAUGAGUUUUGGCAAAUUUUUCAUAGCACAUUUUUAUUUAUAUUGGAAAAUACUUGUCACUCGUCCGAUUAUACACUUACUGAAAACAAUACGAAAACGUUUAAAUCAAUGUGUUUACUGUUGAAUAGCUUAAAAUCAUCUCAAAACAAAACACAUCCAGUUAUUCACAAAUGCUUGUUUACCGAUCGAAUCAUAGAGAUGUUUAGAAAAUGUCUCAUACUAGUUUCCAACGACUCGUCUUUAAUGAUACGUUGCAUAGUAUUAAAAGAAAUACUUCACUGCUUUUGUUUAAAUAUUUCAUCUCAUAUGCGUGAACAAAUUCAAUCACAAAUCUUGGAACCUUGUCUACGAUGUUUACUGUCAAAACUAUACAUAGAAAGCUUCGAUCAUUUGGACAAAGAAUAUGCUGUAUUUUUUACGGAAACUUGCCCUUUAUAUAUAUCGACAUACUGUACCAACCAAGACGAGCAAAUUGCAAUUAAACUAUAUGAACCAUUUCUGAAAUAUUGGUCAUGUAUUUAUCGAAAAUCGUUUUCUUCAUCUUCCGAUUGUCAGCUGGAGAAGUUUGAAAUUCGAAAUUAUAAGUACAAUUCUAACGCUUUUAUUCGAUAUUUAGAAAUUUUAAUCAUUUGUGCGACAUUUAAGUCAACACGUGAACAAUUUCCAAAUGAUAUUAUCAAAGAUCUUCUAGAUAUUAUAGUGUCAUUAACAGAAGUACACAUCGACAAAAGUGGACAAAGUCUCUUCUCCAUUAAGCACAAAUCACAAGUAUAUAUUGUAUUAGUUUUACUUUAUAAUUUGACGUUAAGCACAAGACUAGUAUCCAUUCUGAAAGAUUUGGCGGAAUCUAAUAAUGGAAAGGAAAAAUAUAAUGAAACGCUUAUAUUUCUGUGUAAAUACAAGGAUAGAAGUCAAGAUGAAGCAAACGUAGAAAAAAAGAGGAGAUAUGAAGAAAAGAUUCAGUUUUUAGCAAAAAAUCUAUUUGCACUAAUCAUCGAUAAUAUUGAUGAUUUGCAGCAACCUGGAGAUUUAGCAUCAAAAUAUGCAACAUAUUUAUCAAGCAUGGUUGAAAAUUCGACUCAAAUACAUGGUGGUAUCCAUUUACGAACGUUACUUCAAGCUAUGCAAGUAAUUACUCAAAAUAGACAUAUGAGGAAUGCAUUGAUUGAUCAGAACGGUCUACCAUCAUUGACCAAAUCAGCAUGUGUUGAGGAGUUUGAUCGUGACACAAUUCAACAACUAGCUCUUGAUCUUAUUUGGACGAUUAGUUUCAAUUCAAAAGCAGCAAAAUUCUGGAAAAUCGACAAAAGAUUUAUCGCCAAGCUUAAAUCUUUAUUACAAUCCAAUAAACCGGAAUUAAAGUUUAGUGCGGAUGGAAUACUAUGGCGACUUGAAGGUGAAGAAGAAUUUCAAUUAAAAAAAGCACAAGAACGAGGUGUAUCGGUAGAUCGUAAUACCAAUCUAAGCAAUAGUAUUGAAGAAGAUCGCACUCGGGUUUGGGUGACGAUUGAAACUAAUGGAAUGAAAUUAGAAAAACUUCAUGCAAAUUUGAAGCCUGAGGAAUUAGAACAACUUGAAGAGAAACGUAUCAAAAACGAAAAUGUAGAGCGAAAAAAUGCACCUGUUAAUGUUCACAGUAUUAUGAUCAGUUAUUCUCAUGAGAAUGCCGAUAUGUGUCAUCUAAUUCAUGAAUGUUUGGUAAAAACAAAAAAAUAUGAAGUAUGGAUAGAUAAAGAGAAAAUGUACGGAUCAUUAAUGGAACGUAUGGCAGAAGCAAUUGAGCAAUCUGAAACUAUACUUAUCUGUGCAUCAGGUACUUACAAAACGAGUCAAGCUUGUCAGUCAGAAGCUGAAUAUGCGUACAAGAAGAAGCGUCGUAUGAUUUUCGUCAAAGUUGAACCAAAAUAUACUCCAAAUGGAUGGCUCGGCUUGUUAUUUGCCAAUAAUCACUAUAUUGAUUUUAUUAAAAAUGAUUUCUCGAAAGCAUUCAGAGAUCUUUAUGAACAAUUACAUCGUCAUCGUAACAAUGAGAUUCCUGAUCAUUCCAUUUUAGAUCAAAUCUUAACACGUGAUGUUCUCGAUAAAGCUGCUGAUAUUGUUCAGAAAAUGAAAGAAAAGAAUCAGCAAACUACGGCGCCACCAAGUUCAAAUAUCAACUCAAGUAUUCCAGUAAUUUCGAAUGUUAAUAAUGCAACAUAUAUUGAUAAUUUGAAUACGCCAGGAGAACUGACUAAUCGAUCAAGUACACCUGUAGUCCCUGAUAAGAUAUCACCAACGUUUUCUGAUGAUUCAAAACUUACAAUCAAAGGUGUCAAAGUACAUAUUAACAAAAAAGUUUCUAACCCAAUGCAUAUAUCGUCGACACCGAUUAGUCCAGUACUAAGGCCAGAAACUCCACCGCGAUCCGAAAGAACUUCAGAUCGUUUGAGAAAUAGCACUCCUGUUCCCAACAGCAUAAAUCCGAAAAACGUACUUCCACCGAUCGUUUCUGCCAGAUCAUCUGCUUCCUCUCACAAAAUGCAUGACAGUAUACAUGCAGAUUCAAAGUCAUCGCAAUCAAUGGAUCAUUCAAACAAUCAUGAUGAACCUAUUUUAAUAUUAUCUGAUGCGAAUUUAAAAAGCGAUAAUAACGAUUAUAUAAGCUUGUCACCACUAAGCAUCUCGUCCAAUAGGGAUUAUGAGUAUGACUUCUUAUCUGACAUAGAAACGGAUUCAGAAGACGAUACAUCUUCAUGUGUAAUAGAACAGUCGCGUGAAGAGAAAGCCGUUGAUCAAUGGUCGCAACAAGAUGUUCUAAAAUUUCUUUUGGAAAAGAAACUGACAAGUAUACUAAAAUUAUUCGGCAACGAUACAAUCAACGGUAACCGGUUACUUGAAUUAUAUUCGGUUAUUACUCCAAAAUCUGUACAAUCGUUAAAUAAAUUGAGAGAUAUAUUGAACUCAUCUCAAACGAUAACGAUACCUGUGGAUGACCUUGAACGAUUUCAAGAAGAAUUAAGAAAAGUGAUCCCAAAGACUUCAUGUGAUGAAUCUGUGUUUUGCGAUAUUAUGUGA